CAAUGGGUCUUCGGCCGCCGAGAUUGCCCCCGCUCUCGUAGCACUCGUGCCGCGCCGGCGGCGGCGCCAACGCCUCGUCUCUGAGGCCCUUCAAAACUCGCUCUGGAUUGGGGACAUCCAUGGUGCCAUGGGCGCCGCUGCUGCGAUCGAGUACGUCGAUUUGUGGCGACGGAUCCAAAGCAUUCAACCUUCGGCCGAACCGGACAGAAUCUCUUGGAAAUGGACCGACAAUGGGAUCUACACGGCAAGCUCUGCGUACAAAGCCUUGUUCCAUGGAUCGACCGCCAGCCCAUUCUGGCGUCUCAUCUGGCGAUCGUGGGCACCUGACAGCGCCAAGUUCUUUCUCUGGCUCGCCUCGAUGGAUCGCUGCUGGACGGCUGAGCGCCGCGCUCGCCAUGGAUUGCCUCAAGAUCCCCUCUACAAGCUCUGCGGCCAAGAGCUCGAGUCCCUGGACCACCUACUUGCCCGGUGUGUCUUCUCCCGGAUUACUUGGCACGAAAUCCUCUCAUGGUGCCGCCUACCAAUCCCUACGCCGUGCUCCACCGACGCCUUCUUCGACUGGUGGUGCAAGACCAACAACACUGCCCCAGCUUCAUCUCGCAAAGGGAUCAACUCGCUCGUCGCGCUCACUGCCUGGUCCAUUUGGAAGCACCGAAACGCCGCUGUCUUCGAUAAUGCCUGGCCCUCAAAUGAUGAUCUUGCUCGCACAAUCAAAGACGAGGCCCGCCUAUGGGCACGUGCUGGAGCAACUAAGUUAGCAUCCAUCAUUCCUGUAACCUAAGAUCUAUUGUAGCGAGGCUGAGCACCCUCCCCUCUGCUCAUGUUGCACUCUCCGGGUCGCCUUCGGCGCAUGAUCCCUAGAGUUGCACCCUGUACUACCCCCCUAUCAAUGAAAUGAUACGCAACAAUGCGUAUUCACCAAAAAAAA